UAUAAAGAUAGAAAGGAGAGCUCUGCCUUGGCGCCCUCUCCCUUCCAAAGAGAGAAAGAUGACGAAGCUAUUUAUUGGUCUUCUCUUUUGUGCUUUCAUAUCUCUUGGCUCCUGCCACGUCUCCCUCACUUUUCCUCCAGCCCGCAGGCCAGGGUAUGACUUUCUCGACAACGUGAGGACUGGGGGUCCUUGCGGUGUACCAGAUCUUGGUGAUGAUGCUAUGGUGACUACCUUUGCCACUGGAGCUGAAUUUAAUGCCACUUUUCAUCUUGCAUAUCCACACAGGGGUGGAGUGCUUGUAAACAUUCUUGCUGUCAAUGGCAGCUUGAUAGAAGCUCUCUACAGCAAUUGGACCCAGCUUAAUGACAGCACUACACAGUAUGUCACUGUCCAGCUUCCAGAUAAUUUCACUUGUGAUCGCUGCGUCCUUCAAUUACUGAGACAAGCUGGAGAAUGGACUGCAACUGGCGGCUAUUUCUUUUAUACUUGUGCCGAUAUUGAGAUUAAGGAUAACGCCCUUUGUGAUAAUAACAGAUGUGGAGGUAAUGGUAUUUGCAGGGGCGGCAUGUGCAUGUGCAAUCGUACUUAUUCCGGAAAAUUCUGCCAAUACAAAGAUGAAUGUGUUGAUGAUACUGACUGUGGUGGCUCUUCUAGUGGCUCUUGUAUUGAUAUUGGUGGUACUAGCAGACCAAUGAAGCAAUGCUUCUGUAAUCCAGGCAGGUUUGGAGCUGGUUGUGCAAUGGUGUCUUCACUCACUAAUGUCACCAUUGAUCCUAGUGUUUAUACUAUAUACCGUCUCUUUGGUGAGCACCUUCAUUUCUGGGCUAGGAUACUCAAUAAUUCUAAUGGUCAGCCUGAUAUGCUUGAGAUCGCACUCCGUGUCAAUUCAACCGGAUAUGCAGCUAUUGGAUUCAAGCCAACAGGUUUGACGGCAGCUUGCAGGGCACAGGCUCCUGGUAACUUUCCAGUCGGGACUAACCCAUUGUGGCCAAAUGGGACUUUAGAGACUGUGAUUGGAAUCAGUGCUGAAUUUGAUAGAGGAGAUGGGGGCAGUAAUGAAGAAGGGGGCAGUAAUGAGGAGGGGGGCAAUAACGAGGAAGGGGGCAAUAACGAAGAAGGGGGCAAUAACGAAGAAGGGGGCAAUAAUGAAGAAGGAGGCAAUAACGAAGAAGGGGGCAAUAAUGAGGAAGGGGGCAAUAAUGAAGAGGAGGAAGAAGGAGGUGAUACUUCUCUCCAUCCAAUGGACUGUGCUGAUAUUGUGAUUGGUACUGCACGUGAGAACAGGUUCCGUGUUUUUGAUUAUUACACUCGUGAUCGCUCCACCCCUCAAAUGGAUGGGUUUUAUUCUGGGACUCAAGACAUUGUAGGAGCUGUAGGUCGUGAGAUCAAUGGGUUCACCGAAAUAAAGUUCUGGAAGAAACUAACAAGCAGUGAUACUAAUGCUGAUCACAACAUUACUAAUUCUCUGAUGCAAGUUAUCUGGUCACUGGGUCAAGUUUUCCCCAACUACAAUCACAAUCCUAACUCUGGGAUUGAAGCAAGGACUGCUAUGAAUGAGAUGUUCUAUAAACCGGAUGAAAUUAAGUACCACGGAUCUGUCAAUCGUGGAGGUGCAACAAUCAACUUCUUUGUUGCUGAUACUCUAAGCAAUAACACUGCCUGUACUGGAAGCUAUUCCAGUGGUUGUGCCAAUGGCCAGUGUCUUUAUCGAGCCACGUGGGAAGUUAGAGGUAGCUAUGUUCAGUUUAAUGUCACUGGCCGUGUGCCAAUCGGACAAUGGCUUGCAAUCGGGUUCUCCGAUAACAGAAUAAUGCCUCAAACUGAUAUCGCUCUUGCAGCAGUUGGCCCAGAUGGUAGAGGAGAAGUAACUGACAGGUAUGCUACUGUUCGUCUUACACCACCAGCUGACACCAUGAACAAUCUCCUAGCAACCAGUGUCUCCCAUAGCAAUGGUUUCACCACAUUUAGUUUCACACGUCCUCUAUCAACUGGCGAUACUUCUCAAGAUAUUGAUCUAACAAGUCCAAGGUUUUUUGUUUAUGGUUUUAAUGGCACAGCUACUUUUAGUAAUGGAAGAAUAGCUAGUAUAGGGCGGCAUCCACUUAAUCCAAUUGUAUCAAAUGAACGUAUCACACUUGGUACUCCAGCACAGUGUCCAGGUACUUUCCCUAAUCUAAACGCCACCAUUCCUCCUAAUGUCACUAAUCCUAACACUACUACUACUGAUAAUUGUAAUGGACGCUACAUGGCCGGAUGUACUAGUGGCCGCUGUCGGUAUAAUGCAACUUGGACUGUGAGAGGUGAUCAUGUCAAGUUUGAGGUGAAUGGCAUCGUUGGACAAGGUCGAUGGGUGGCCAUUGGCUUCUCUGAUGAUAGAAAUAUGCCUCAAACUGAUAUUGUUCUUGCAGCAGUUAGUUCUAAUGGCAGAGGAGAAGUAACUGACAGAUAUGCUACUGGUAGAACUAUGCCACCAGCUGAUAAUAUGGACAAUAUCCUAUACUCUCGUGUUAUCUACAGCAAUAAUUAUACUUCAUUCACUUUCAUCCGUACCGUUUCAGCAAUUGAUACAACUCAAGAUAUUGAUCUGAUAAGUCCAAAGUUCUUUGUGUAUGCUCUUAAUGGGGCUGCUACCUUUAAUGCUGAUGGAACUAUAACUAGUAUAGGACAGCAUCCAGACAUUCCAAUAGUAUCAGAUGAUCGUAUCACACUGGGUACUCCAGCACAGUGUCCAGGUAAUUUUGAAGAGUUGCUGACUGGUCCUGGUCCAACUGAUGGCAGUGCUACCAUGAUGCUAUCAGUCUUUGUCCUUAUAUUCUGCACACUAUUAGCUUACCUCAUAUAAUCCUUUGACUUGUAUAACUUAUAGAGUCUUGCAGCAUUCAUAUAAUAAAUAAUGCUACAUAUAAAGAAUAAUAAUCAUUGUUUAACCUAAUGUAACUUGUAACUGAUCAUCAUUAUUAUCAUCAUUGUUAUUAUCAUAAGUAGUUUUUAAUAAUCAUAUUUUGAAAA